UUUAGGGUAUACUACCUUAUUUUCCUUUACUUCAUAAACGUGAUAUGUCUCUGCAUCCAUUCUUCAACGAAUCAAUACCACAAUUUGGUGCAGGGACAAGCUAUAAUAUGGACUUGAUUGGACAAAUCAUUGAUCCCAUUGGUCAAUCAGCCAGAAAGUAUCUCAGAUACCACAGAAAAUUCAGUGAAUAUGUGGAUGAUUUCAAACAAGCUCAAGCAGAUUUAAAUAACCGCAAGAUGGAUAUUCAUCAACAAUUGCAAGACGAGCAUCGUCCUGGGAAAAAGCCAAAGCUGGAAGUUGAAAGUUGGUUCAACAAAGUAGAGGAGAAGCUUGAUCAUGCUCAACGUGUUGAAGACAAAGUCAGUGAAGGGACAUACCUCUUUCGUUCUUGCUUAGGGAAGCUUCUUGAUGAAACGACUCAAGCAAUGAAGACAGUAUAUGAUAAAGGUCAGUUCUCCGGGAGCUUGGUGGUUAACGACUCCUCGACCAUAGCUGCUGAACUACCAACACCAGAAAUAACAGGUGAAACUAAUGUGGGAGAGGAAAUUCGUAAGUAUUUGAUGGGGGAUGAAGUUAGAAUGAUUGGAGUGAGUGGGAUGGGAGGAAUCGGUAAAACAACCAUAAUGAAGCAUGUCCAUAAUAGGUUGUUGAAAGAAGAUAAGUUUAAGAAAUUGAUUUGGGCAACUGUAUCCCAAGACUUUGAUGUUCGCCGGCUACAAAAUGACAUUGCAAGCCAAUUAGAAAAAACCUUGUCGGAUGAUAAAAAUACAACUAUUAGGGCUGGAGAGCUAUUAGAAAUGUUGAGGAAACAAGGGAGCUUUUUGCUAAUAUUAGAUGAUGUAUGGAGCAGCUUCUCUUUUGAGGAUGUUGGAAUCCUUGAGCCAACAACAGAUAAUGGAUGCAAGUUAGUGUUGACAACACGCUCCGCAAAGGUUGUUCGAGAAAUGGAUUGUAAGAAAGUCCAAGUGCCCUAUCUUUUAACGGAUGAGGCGAUGCAAUUAUUCUUAAGCAAAGUCGGACAAGACAUGUUGCCCAAUCCAAAUUUAGAGUCGAUUAUGAAGGAUGUUGUCUGCGAAUGUGGUGGUCUCCCACUUGCAAUUGUCACAAUAGCUGGUUGUAUGAGGGGAAUAUCUGAUCCCCUAGUGUGGAGAAAUGCUUUGAAUGAAUUGAGAGGUUACAUAAGAAACAUCGAUGAGAUGGAAGAAAAGGUGUUUAGAUGUUUAAGAUUCAGCUACGAUCGUAUGAAACAAAAAGAUCAAGAUUGUUUUUUAUGGGGUGCAUUAUUUCCUGAAGAUUAUGUGAUCGAUAAAAAGGAAAUAGUUGAACGUUGGAUGGAAGCAGGACUUAUAGAUGAAAUGGAAACUAGACAAGAAAUGCAGAAUAAUGGUCAUUCUAUUUUACAGAAGCUUGAAGAAAAUUGUUUGUUGGAAAGGGAGGAUGAGGGUACAAGCAUAAAGAUGCAUGAUGUUGUGAGAGAUAUGGCUUUACAUAUCACAAGAAAAAGAUUUUAUGUAAAAGCCGGUAAGCAAUUGGAACAUUUACCUGAAUGGGGUGAAGAUGUCGAAAAGGUUUCCUUGAUGCUGAGUUCCAUAUCAAAAAUCCCUCAAAAUAUGCUGUCUCCAAAAUGUCAAAAACUCACAACUUUGUUGCUCAUAAACAAUUCCUUGGAAGAAAUUCCCGUAUCUUUUUUUGAAUACAUGCCUAAUCUUAAGAUUCUUGAUCUUACUUGGAAUCCUAUUCGGGAGUUGCCUAAUUCUAUCUCCAAUUUAAAGAAGCUCACAACAUUGUUGCUUCGUUAUUGCAUAGAAUUAGAGAAUGUGCCAUCUCUAUCAAAGCUUCAAGCUUUGAAGAAAUUGAAUCUUUUAGGCACAAGGAUCCAGAAAAUCCCUCAAGGUUUGGAAAUGUUGAUAAAUCUUAGAUAUCUCAAUCUUGGAUGGACCACAAGUUUAAAAGAGAUCCCCGAUGGAAUAUUCUCAAAACUGUAUGAUCUUCAACACUUGAUCAUAUCCCCAGCAACAUCAAGAGCAGAAGAGAUGAAGACAUUGAACAAGUUGGAGGUUUUACAAGUUUGCUUCAAUGACAUGCAUGACCUGAGCGUGUAUGCUGGUCAAAGAAAAAGGCCUAACUAUUACAAUAUUUUUGUGGGGCGGCACAACUUGACGGAUAUUGAUUUUGGUAGUAAAUCUGUUACGAUUAGCGGUUCCAAUAUGAAAAUUGAAAAUUCAAUUAUACUUCCAUCUGAUAUUCAAGGACUACAUCUAACAGCAUGUGAACGCAACGGAGCAAGUUUUAGCGAUAUUGUUGGAUCAGAAGGUGUAACUGAUUUGAAGAAAUGUACAAUUGAUGAUUGCAAUGGGUUGGAGUCCAUAUUUUCCUCACGAUGUGCAUCACUCCGGACGAUUGAGAUUCUCUCACUAGCAUAUUUGUGGAAUUUGAAAAUCAUUGUUGGGGAGUCAAUACCACCAGAGCCUGGCACCUUUUCCAAUCUUAAAGUAAUUUUUGUAUCAGAGUGUGCAAAAUUAAAGAAUUUGUUUUCAGCAAAGUGGGUUCCCCAGAAUCUCCACAACUUGGAAGAGAUUCAUGUUGAGAACUGUGAAGAAAUGGAGGAAAUAAUGGCAUCGGAGAAAGAAGGAAUGAGUACAGAUAACAAUGUCAUGUUUACUCUUCCCAAAUUAAAGAUAUUGAAAUUGAGUGAUCUGCCAGAAUUGAAGAGCAUUUGCAGAACAAAUGAAGUAAUGAUUUGUGAUUCUCUCCAACAGAUUAAGAUAUUGAAUUGCCCAAAGCUAAAACGGAUCCCUCUGUAUCUUCCCCUGCUUGAGCUUGACAAUAGUCAACCAUCUUCUCCUCCUUCUCUUGAAGAAAUUCUUGUAUAUCCAAAGGAAUGGUGGGAAUCAGUGGAGUGGGACCAUCCCAACGCUAAGAAUGUCCUUCUACCUUUGCUCAAGUUCUGGGAUGUCAGCAUUCCUGGAUGGAAGCAAGCUAAUUGAUGAACUGCUUUAAAAGCAUAAUGUGCACACAAUGGGAAAGAAGGUUCCAAUCAGGCCCAAAUGCUGAAGUAAAACCGCAAUUCAAACAUCUUGAUUUCUGAUGUUUUAUGCUUUGUAAUUCUAGAUUCAAUUCAUCCCUUUCUUCUUCACCAAUUAGUGUUUGUUAGUUGAACUCUUCCAAAUUGUGAUUGAUAAGCUCUAUUUCACACUCUCAAAAAAAGGGUGUUGGUUUUCUACCAUCAAAACAAGAGACUAAGCUUUAUUGUAUGAUUUAAUUUGAAGUAAGGUUGUGAACUACAUUAUUCAGUGAUUAAUACAUGUCUAUCAACACUAGAACGUUUUUAUUAUC